AUGUAUAAUCUGGGGAGAUCACGUCUUUUGUGGAUUUUUCUCACCGUUUUGCUGCUGGAUUGUUUAUGUGAGACUGUUUCAGGACAUCUAUCCUACUCCGUCUCUGAGGAGGUAAAUCGGGGGACUGUUGUCGGAAAUAUAGCAAAAGAUCUCAACCUGAAUGUUCAGGAUCUUGAAUCCCGGAUGUUUCAGAUUGUUGCUGGAUUGAAGCCAAAAUAUUUUGAUGUAAAUUUAAAAACUGGUGCUCUCUUUGUAAAUGAUAAAAUAGACAGAGAGGAGCUCUGCGGUGAUGUAGCCAAAUGCUUAUUGAAUAUAGAAGCAGUCAUUAACGAUCCUCUUAAAUUGUACCGCUUUGAAAUUGUUAUAUUAGAUGUGAAUGAUAACUCACCAUCAUUUGUCAGCACCUUACAAUUAUUGAAUAUAAGUGAGAAUGCAGCAGCUGGAACAACAUUCUUCCUUAAUCCUGCUGAGGAUGCGGAUGUGGGUAAAAACACUGUCAGUAGCUACAAGCUGAGCCAGAAUGACUAUUUCUCUUUAGUCACCCAGAGAGGAGAAAAUGUGAGUCCUGAACUGGUGCUUCAAAAAAUUUUAGACAGAGAAAAACAAUCUGAGAUUUACUGUCUUUGUCUGAUACUGACACCAGAGCAAUAG